AUGGAGAGUACGCCCAGCUUCCUGAGGGACACCCCGGCCUGGGAGAAGACAGCCCCCGAGAACGGCAUCGUGGGACGAGAGCCGAGUGCCCUGCCACGGGACCUGCGCCACGAGGCACUGUGCCUGGGAGAGCCAGCUCCCUUCUGGAGGGGUGUCCUGAACACCCCAGACUCCUGGCUUCCCCCCGGCUUCCCUCAGGGCCCCAAGGACACGCUCCCACUGGUGGAGGGCGAAGGCCCCCGGAACGGGGAGAGCAAGGCUGACUGGCUGAGCGGCAAGGAGGGGCGGCGCUGGAAGGAGGCGAUGCUCGCCCACCCGCUGGCGUUGUACGGGUCUGCGUGCCCGCCUCGCUACGGCCCCCUGAUUUCUGAGCAUGGCGGCGGCCAUCCCAAAAGUGACCCUGUGGCCUUCCGGCCCUUGCACUGCCCCUUCCUUCUGGAGACCAAGAUCUUGGAACGAGCUCCCUUCUGGGUGCCCACCUGCUUACCACCCUACCUAGUGUCCAGCCUGCCUCCAGAGCGUCCGUGCGACUGGCCCCUGGCCCCGCACCCCUGGGUGUACUCAGGGGGCCAGCCCAAAGUGCCCUCUGCUUUCAGCUUAGGCAGCAAGGGUUUCUGCCAUAAGGAUCCGAGCAUUCUCAGGCUGGCGAAGGAGCCGUUGGCCGCUGUGGAGCCUGGGUUGCUGGGCUUAGCCCCUGGCAGGCCUCUCCAGAGGAGCGGGGAGGGAGAGGGCCCUUCACUCCACCCGAGGGACGGGGAGCCAGGCCUCGGCAGGCAUCAGAAUCUUUGCCCACUCCUCCUGGGGCAUCCAGACACUGUCCCCCGGGCCCCCUGGCCGAUCUGUCCCCCAGGCCUUGGCAAUGUCUGGACUGUGCCGGGCGGCGGCGGGGGCCUUGGGUACCAGCUGAGGCCAUCGGCCGCAUCGAGGUGCCCCUCUCCCGGGCCUCCCACCACCCCUGGGGGCUGUUACUCACCCCACCCACCCGCCAGAGAUGGAGGCCUUAGUCCUUGUGGGAAGUGCCAGGAGGGCCGGGAGGGGGGCUCGAGGGGGUCCAGUGAGUCCAUCGAGGAAGCAAGCAAGGCAUCCGGUCCCAGGGCCUGCCCGCCCAACCACCACACCAAGCUGAAGAAGACAUGGCUCACGAGACACUCUGAGCAGUUUGGGUGCCCGGGGGGCUGCCCCGGGGGGGAGGAGGAGAGCCCAGCAGUCGCCCCGCUUCAGGCCCUCAAGAGGGCAAGUAGCCCUGAGGUCCAGGGAGUGGCCGGCAGCCCAGCCGCCAAGCGCCCCCCUGACCCUUUCCCGGGCGCAGGGCAGGACGUCCUGGACUCGUCCCCGGAGAACAAGGCGGAGGCAGAACAGCACGCUGACCGCAGAGGACCCCGAGACGGCAGGGCCAGCCUGCAGGACCCAGGGCGUCAGGAUGCACCUUGCUCAGCUCCCCGGGCAGGCAUCGCGCAGUGCCAGAGCUGUGCCCAGGCAGCGAGAGAGGCGGGAGGGCUGGCCUGCCACUCCCAGCAAGCGCCCAGAUCCUCUCUGGGAGGGGAGCAGCAGGAGGAAGACUCGGCAGCCAGCUCCGAGGAGGGAGGAGGCUCCGGCCCCAAGGCCGGGCCCAGCGUGGGCCUCGCCAAACACCUCCUGAGUGGUUUGGGGGACCGGCUGUGCCGCCUGCUGCGGAGAGAGCGGGAGGCCCUGGCCUGGGCCCAACGGGAAGCAGGCCAGGGGCCGGCCAGGACAGAGGACGACCCAGGCAUUCCAGGUUGCUGCAGCCGCUGCCACCAUGGACUCUUCAACACCCACUGGAGAUGCCCCCGCUGCAGCCACCGGCUGUGUGUGGCCUGUGGUCGCAUGGCGGGUGCUGGCAGGGCCAGGGAGAAAGCAGGCUCUCCGGAGCAGCCCACGGAGGAGUGUGCCCAGGAGGCUGGGCACAGCGCCUCUUCCCUGAUGCUCACCCAGUUUGUUUCCAGCCAGGCUUUGGCAGAGCUGAGCGCCGCGAUGCACCAGGUCUGGAUCAAGUUUGAUAUCCGGGAGCACUGUCCCUGCCAAGCUGAUGCCCAGGUGUGGGCCCCUGGGGAUGGGGGCCAGCAGAAGGAGCCGAGAGAGAAAAACACCCCAAUCCCACAACCUUCCUGCAAGGAGGACACCAACAGGACCAAGGACAUCAAAGCGGAGACCCUGGACUCCACAGAGACCCCUGCCGAGGACCGUGCCAGCCGGGGCCCCCUGCCUUGCCCCUCUCUCUGUGAACUGCUGGCCUCCACCGCCGUCAAACUCUGCUUGGGGCACGAGCGGAUACACAUGGCCUUUGCCCCUGUCACUCCAGCCCUGCCCAGUGAUGACCGAAUCACCAACAUCCUGGACAGCAUCAUCGCGCAGGUGGUGGAGCGGAAGAUCCAGGAGAAAGCCCUGGGGCCUGGGCUGCGGGCCGGGCCCGGCCUGCGCAAGGGUCUGGGCCUGCCCCUCUCCCCGGUGCGGCCGCGGCUGCCUCCGCCGGGAGCUCUGCUGUGGCUGCAGGAGCCCAGGUCUCGGCGAGCCUUCCGCCUCUUCCAGGAGCACUGGCGGCAGGGCCAGCCUGUGUUGGUGUCAGGGAUUCAGAGGACAUUGCAAGGCAGCCUGUGGGGGACCGAGGCUCUGGAGGUGCUCGGAGGCCAGGUGCAGGCGCUGACCCACCUCGGGCCUCCCCAGCCCACAAACCUGGGCCCUGCGGCCUUCUGGGAUGGAUUCUCCCGGCCUGAGAUUCGCCCAAAGUCAUCUGAGGGCUCCAUCCUCCUGCUGCACAGAGCUCUGCGGGCUGAGGACACAAGCAGGCUGGAGAACCUGGCUGCCAGCCUGCCCCUCCCGGAGUACUGUGCCCCCCAAGGGAAACUCAACCUGGCUUCCUACCUCCCGCCGGGCCCUGCCCUGUGUCCACUGGAGCCCCAGCUGUGGGCAGCCUAUGGUGUGAGCCCGCACCGUGGGCACCUGGGGACCAAGAACCUCUGUGUGGAGGUGACUGACCUGGUCAGCAUCCUGGUGCGUGCAGAAGCCUCGCUGCCUGCCUGGCAUCGGGCACAGAAAGACUUCCUCUCAGGCCUGGACGGGGAGGGGCUCUGGUCUCCUGGCAGCCAGGUCAGCGCUGUGUGGCACGUGUUCCGGGCACAGGACGCUCAACGCAUCCGCCGCUUUCUCCAGAUGGUGUGUCCUGCGGGGGCUGGCAACCUGGAACCUGGCUCCCCGGGCAGCUGCUACCUGGACGCAGGGCUCCGGCGGCGCCUGCGGGAGGAGUGGGGUGUGAGCUGCUGGACCCUGCUGCAGGCCCCUGGCGAGGCCGUGCUGGUCCCCGCGGGGGCUCCCCACCAGGUGCAGGGCCUGGUAAGCACAGUGAGCGUCACUCAGCACUUCAUGUCCCCUGAGACCUCUGCCCUCUCUGCUCAGCUCUGCCACCAGGGAUCCAGCCUGUCCCCUGACUGCCGCCUGCUUUGUGCCCAGGUGGACUGGGCUGUGUUCCAAGCAGUGAAGUUGGCUGUGGGAACAUUACAGGAGGCCAAAUAG